UGGGGUGGCGGAGUCCCGAGUGACUGAGCCCGCUGCGGCAAGUGCAGCAGUUUUAGGCUGAGGUGGCAGAUGGUAGAGAGCGCGGUGGCCGGAGCAGAGUUAUCGGAGCCGCAGGAUAAUGAUGAACGGAGGAGGAAGACUCUCGCACGUCGACAGUCGUGAGCGAGUUCUCAAGUUAGGCGAGAGUUUCGAGAAGCACCCCCGCUGCGCCUUCCACACUGUGCGCUAUGACUUCAAACCUGCUUCUAUUGAUACUUCCUGUGAAGGAGAGCUUGAAGUUGGCAAAGGUGAACAGGUGACAAUAACUCUGCCAAAUAUAGAAGGUUCAACUACACCAGUAACUGUUUUCAAAGGUUCAAAGAAACCUUAUUUAAAGGAAUGCAUUUUGAUUAUCAACCAUGAUACUGGAGAAUGUCAACUAGAAAAGCUCAGCAGCAAUAUCACUGUAAAAAGAACAAGAUUUGAAGGAAGUAGUAAAAUUCAGUGUCGUUUAGAACAACAGCCCCAACAAAUGCGGAAUCCAACUAGGACUCCCAGUCUUGUAAAACAUUCUCCAUCUGAAGACAAGAUGUCCCCAGCAUCUCCAAUGGAUGAUAUUGAAAGAGAACUGAAGGCAGAAGCUAGUCUAAUGGACCAGAUGAGUAGUUGUGAUAGUUCAUCAGAUUCCAAAAGUUCUUCAUCUUCAAGUAGUGAGGAUAGUUCCAGUGACUCCGAAGAUGAAGAAUGCAAAUCUCCUGAUCCAGGGAAUUAUGUCUCAGGACAUCCUACCAUACCUGCCAUGCCACAGUUAAGGAUCCCCAAUAUAGAUGCUGACCAUAAUAGAUACCACGACAACAGUGGCCUUCUGAUGAAUACUUUAAGAAAUGAUUUGCAGCUGAGUGAUUCAGAAAGUGACAGUGAUGACUGAAGAAAUAUUCAGCUAUAAAAAUAAAAUCUAUAAGAUGUGAUAAUUUAUAUUAAAAUAAAAAUUCCUAAGACUGAGGAAAAUGUUGCAUCUUAACUUUUGGGGAAAAGUUUUUGGUGUUUUAAAGGAAAUUAAAUUUGAUUCAGAAUUUUCA